CUACUAUACACGAUUAGUAAACCCGGGAAUUUGUUUCCGGUUGAGGUGGUCCGCGUGACUACUCGGGAGCCCUUCGAAAGAAAACUUGAUGUAUUAAGGACUCAGGACUAUAUUUUAUUAUAAUUUACAAUUAUUUCCCUAUUGCAUGUAAAUAAUAUGCUCAAUUCUCAACCUGGUAGUAUCGAUUAUAAACUGCUUCUAGAUAAGAAAGCCGUCAACUGAUAGCUCUUUCUAUUUUGUCGCAACCAUCUGAAGAAUAGAGUGGAUUGUUCAACCGAUGCGUUACAUGUGUAUAGCCCGUAUAAAGCUGUCGCUAAUUUACCUCUAAGAAUACCAAAUAAAGCUAAAAUGCCCCGACAAGCGGAACUUAUCUGUCCAGAAGACCAAACACUCAUACGAGGGACCUGUAAACCAGCAGAUGCCGAAUCACAUGUCGAUUGUAGUUCACUUAAGGAAGUUACGAAAAAAUCCAAACACCAUUUAAAAAGAAGUUCUCAAACUACUCACUCAGAUGGUAAAGAGAAAACUCUGAAAACAAAACAUGCAAAGAAUAGAAACGAAUCCUCAGUCGUUAUCAGUCCUAAGCUCUCUUCGGAUGUUAGCCAACCUAAUAGUGCAGGUAAAGAAGGGUUUAAAAAAGAAAUUACACUUGACAAAAACAAGCGCGAACAUGUGAAAAAAAAGCGGAAACAUUCGAAAGGUGAAACAAGGCAUGAAAAGCGUAGCAAACACGAUGAAGCGAACUCUGAGGUAACUGUUGAUCAAUCAGUUGUCAAAGAAUCUGCCCGUAAACACAAGCAUCGCGACAAACCUCAUGGUUCCUCAAAGAUGUCAAUGGUGGAUGGGAUAACUCAUCGUUCUACCAAAUCUGUCGCUUGCGGGGACAGUUGUCGUCAAGAUGCUCCAACUUCAGUCAAAGAGCAAAGCUUUGAAGCUGUUUCACGUUCCUGUACUUAUGAACCCGUUCCAGGGACACCCUCAUCCGCUUCUAGAUGUUCUUCACAUGUUUCGCGUUCAUCUUCAUGUAGCCAAUCCCCGACACGCUCCGGAAAGCAUGAAAUGCACCGCGUCCAUGACCCACGUUUUGAUGAAAGGUUACAUAGGCAGAGGUAUGAGCAGAACAGUAGAUCGCCAUCCAUGCAUUUACAUCAUGAUCACAAACCUGACCUUCCUACACGGGCCACAGAUAGCGGUCAUGGAACUAAUCCUGAAGAAAAGUAUUAUUCAGUAAAAAGAACACAAUCACCCGUCAGUUCACCUUCAAGGUCAAAGCGAUAUAAUUCAGCUACUUUAAGUUAUGGGUAUCGUCAGUCAACACAACGUCAUCAUUUAUCCCCAAGUCAUGGGUCUCACUCAAGACAUCAUGGACCUCACCGUGAAAGAAGUCGUAGUGGCUCGGAAAGAUACGAAUCUCGACGAACAUCAACAUACCGCGCAGGUGAUAAACAACAUAUUCACUCAAAGACUUAUCUCGUCAAGACAAAACCUAGAUAUCAUAAUCCGGAUGACCAUCCUGAUUUACAUGAGAUUAGUUAUUCGAAAAAUUAUGAACGUCGUCACAUACGUGAUUCUAAUAGCACAAAAAGACACGGAAGUGGAAGUCAUCGACGUGAAAUUAUUGAAUCUUUAUCACCGUCACCUAAAAUCUCAAAACAACUUCGUGAGAAUUAUGAACCUCAACAUCAUUCAAAACGUCAACAAGUCAAUAACUUACUGAAAUCCCAGUCAGACAUACAUCCACCUCUGUUGCAAAAACGUGAUCGACGAAGUACAAAUGAAGUUCACGAUUCUUGUAGUCCAAAUCGGAAGUCAACCAGUAGCAUUCCAGUUUGUACUGAGUCUGCUCAUCAUCCCUCGAGUUCUCCCUCUCAUUCAGCUUGUCUUCUACCUAAGGACAAAGAUCGAAAACUACAGAUAUCUCACGCUCUUUGUGAACUUUUGGAUGAAUUAAAUUGUGAAGAUGUUUCGGAUACUGAAUUGCACUUGAUAAUCCCUUCUUCUAUGAUCAAUACUUUGUCGUCAGACACCUCACUGGGUUGUAACAAUGAAUUAACAUGUAAAGCUGAAUUGUCAGUCAAAAUGAAUCGUGAUGUUACCUAUAACAGUAAUGAUAACAUUAAUAGUAAUAAUAAUGCGAAUUCAAAUCAUUUGGCUGAUGAGAAAGAUGAAAGCACUUAUCAAAAUAGAUUAAAUAAUAAUAUUAAUCUAGACUCUUUAGAAGCUUUAUCCACUCAAAUUAGACAACAUAUGACAGGUCCAGAAAACUGGGAUAUUAAUGACUUAGCCGAGCCCAUUGAGCUCGGAGAAGAAUAUUCAGAAAAUACAACUGAUCAGGCUAAUUCAGAUUUAUUAAAUUCAGAGAAAUCAAACAACAGUUUGUAUACGCCAUGGCAAGAAUUAAUUGAAUCAGCCGGAGAAAAAUUAUCUUUAGAUGCCACUAAAUCGGAUGAACAAGAUUAUGUUCAGUGUGUUGGAACUUUCAUCGCUGGUAUAGGACAUCAAGACAUUGUAAGUGUAUUUUCAAUAAACUUGUUUUUCUUUUUCAAAAUUAAGAGUUACCAAAGUUUGCAUGUUUACUAGUAUAUUUUAUUUUUUCAAUUUGUCUUUAAUUGACAUUCUAUUGAUCUAAACACGUAACUGUUGACCACAUAUUAGGAUUUCACUACUUCUAUAAACUGUUAACACAACAUUUUUUCCAUACGCAAGUUACUCGUCGUUGUCAUACUCUAAGGUAUUCAGUUGCACCAUUAAAGUUAUCAAUUAGCUAAAUCUUUAUUUCAUAAAUUUCUUAAUUAUAGAUUCCAUUGAGGAGACGUGCCAACGGUAUUGAUGUCUUACGAAGGACUGGAGUUAGCCGUACAUAUUUCGACAGUGAUUUGCUUGGCCCUUUAUCAACAAAUACUAGUUCAAAUGAACAGUCUGGAGUGAUUAACUUGUGUCAGACAGUCGAAUUCCCAGAUACAUGGGCUAAAGCAAAUUGUGGAAAUUCACUAACCGGUUCAGGAAUUUUAAAUCAAUUAUCCAAAUUAGUAUUGCCUUUGUCACGUAAAACGGAUGCUUAUCUUCGUCAAAAUUUACUGAAAAUUAUCAAAUGUACAUAAUUACUUGAACUUCUAUGUAUUUCUUUUCUUUUUUUGACGGUUUAUGAGGAUAUUUUUGUAAAACAAUUUUCACUUGUUUACUGGACAACUUAUUUGUACAAAUCACCACUAUAGUAAAUUUUUUAAGAUAACCAUAUUAGUAACUUGCUACUGUGAAAGAGUUGUGUUUUUGUUCGUUAGGAUAUUUUAUUGUCAUAUUGUAUAGUGAUAAUACGAGUUUCAUUUCACGCAUAAACUGUGGCUUUUAGUCAAAACAUCAUAAAUAUAUUCGCCAUUAUCUUUGCUACUGUUAUAGUACAAUAAAAUAAACACGAUCUGGUGUAUCACUUAUAUCAAAAAUUAUAUUCCGACUUGAAAAUUCCAAAGUAGUUAAGUGUUACAAAAACCCAAGAUUUGUUAUUAACUUUGAACAUACGUAUGCCCUCCCAAUAGUUGGUUUGAGAUUUUAGCAUAUAUCGACUAGCCAAAAUAUUACCAAGAGAAGUUA